CCGGCCAAUCGGCGACUCCCGCAUCAGUGCCCCCUCCCGCCCGGGGUGGUAGCAACCGGAAGAGGCGGAGGCUGAGGAGGAGGCGGCGGCGACGGCGGCUGAGGAGGCCGCAGUCCCGGCCCUAGUCCCCGUCCCCCGCCAGGCCCCGUGCCCGCUCGCACGCCAUGGUGACGCUCCCGGAGGUGCUGACGCUGCUGGCCGCGCUUCUGGCCACGGCCUCGGGCUACUUCGUUAGCAUCGACGCGCACGCGGAGGAGUGCUUCUUCGAGCGGGUCACCUCGGGCACCAAGAUGGGCCUCAUCUUCGAGGUGGCCGAGGGCGGCUUCCUGGACAUCGACGUGGAGAUUACAGGACCUGAUAAUAAAGGAAUCUAUAAAGGAGACAGAGAGUCCAGUGGGAAAUAUACUUUUGCAGCUCACAUGGAUGGAACUUACAAGUUUUGUUUUAGCAACAGAAUGUCCACCAUGACUCCCAAGAUAGUGAUGUUCACUAUUGAUAUUGGAGAAGCUCCAAAGGGCCAAGACAUGGAAACAGAAGCUCAUCAAAACAAGCUGGAAGAGAUGAUUAAUGAGCUCGCUGUGGCGAUGACCGCGGUAAAACAUGAACAGGAAUACAUGGAAGUCCGGGAGAGAAUACACAGAGCAAUCAAUGACAACACAAACAGCAGAGUGGUCCUCUGGUCCUUCUUUGAAGCUCUCGUAUUAGUUGCCAUGACAUUGGGACAGAUCUACUACCUGAAGAGAUUUUUUGAAGUCCGAAGGGUUGUCUGAGAAGGCUUUUCCUGAUGGUCCCAAACUCCCAGUUCACUGUUUACCAAACAUCUUGGUCACAACGAUGUCACAUAGUUUCUAAGCUUUUGUUUUCUGAACUAUACACUCAUUGCUUCUCUUUCUUCCUCACGACUAGGUUUUGAAAACAUACCUUCUUAGCAAGGCUGUCCUGACAACUUUGACACAUAAUUGGUUUAACUUCUCAUUUGAAAUCUGCCUCCAACACACAGGGCAUUCCAGAGCUCCAACACCAUAAAUGAAGUGUGAUCUAGUCACAUUUGUUUGUCCUGUUUUUCUUUGGUUUUCACAAUGAAAUACAGUUUGUUCAUAACACAGCACUGAGGCAAAUACAGUCUUUUAUUAAAAAUGAUUGUACAUGUCUUUGGAUCUGUAAACCUGCAGCAAAAAAAAAUUCAGUUCUGUGAAGUUCUAAGGAACCACAGAUUAAAUCAUCAAAAACUGUCCUGCUAGUAAUGGACAGAACCAUUGACUUUGGGGCACACGCCAUCAUAACUGGAUACUUGUAUUUCACUUAGAGUAGUUUUUAUUUGAUAAACCCACAAACUUUAUUCUCCCCUGAAGAAAAUGGGAAUGUUCUUGAGGUUAGACCCCAGGACCCAGCCAUCUGUAUUAAAGUAUAGAACAAGUGGCUUAACAAGCAGUUUUGGUUUCUGCCUGACACUUGUGACGUGUCAAACCAAGGUUGGAGGCUGUUUUCAGCAAUUGGUAGUGAAUUAGUCUUUUUUAGCUGGCAUGUCCAGCUCUUUCCCUCACCUCUGUGUUGGCAUUUAAAAGGUAUAUGUCAAUCUAAGUUGGGAAAAUCUGGAUUCCUGAUGCCAAAGGGUUAAAGUUCGCUCUUGGAUGUUACUGCAAUUACAGAGCCACCAUUUAUUUGGUCAGAAACAGUGGCAUUUGGGGCCACUGUCUAGCUAAAGAGGACUGAGCAUAAUUCUCAGUACUAGAGUUAUUGUUUUUUUCUUCUCCUUGUCUUUCAUUUUAGGCACAUGUGAAUUUUGUUUUGUAUGAAAAAUGACUUUUUCUUGGUCUCUGAUGAUGGGUUGAAAAUUGAAGCAUCUGUUUAUGGUGUGGGGCUGAUCAAGGAUUAUGUUGUGACUGAUGUAUAUUAGUUACUUGUACUUUUUUUGAUCUUUGCAAGGGGGAAAACUACAAGUAACGAGUUUUGUACUAUUAAUUUAAAAUUUGUUACAGGUUUUCAUGUUCAGAGUAAAAAGUUUUUUGACUUUGGGCAAAAUACUUGCAGCAGUUUAUUAAUAAGGUGAGAAUUUUUUCACCUUAGUGUAACUGUUGAAUGCCAAUUUUAUUGCGUGUAAAAACACUUCAAAAUUUAAAUUCACCAAUGUAAAUUAAAAAUUGGAUGUGUAUCUAAUUUGACCCAGGUCCAGUAAAUAAACAGUUCUUUAA